CCUGUGAACUCAUGAAUCAGGGGAUACUGGCUUUGGUGUCGUCAACGGGAUGUGCUGCAGCUAAUGCACUACAAUCUCUUACGGAUGCCAUGCACAUUCCUCACCUUUUCAUUCAGAGGAAUGGAGACGGCACACCCCGUGCUGAGUGCCAGCUCAAUCCCAGCCCCGAUGGAGAGCGCUACACGUUGGCUGCACGCCCUCCUGUUCGUCUGAAUGAUGUCAUGAUCACGCUCGUCUCUGAACUCCAUUGGCACAAGUUCAUCGUUUUCUAUGACAGCGAGUAUGAUGUGCGGGGACUGCGUGGGUUUCUGGACCAGGCUUCUCGAAUGGGUUUGGAUGUGUCUCUACAGCAGGUUGACCGGAAUGUGACCAAGGUGUUUUCCACUCUGUUCAGCACAAUGAGGAUGGAGGAGCUGAACCGUUACCGGGACACUCUCAGAAGGGCCAUCCUGCUGCUCAGUCCUCGCACUGCCCAGGUCUUCAUACACCAGGCAGUGGAAACGAAUCUAGCAUCCAAAGAUAGUCACUGGGUGUAUGCCAAUGAGGAGGUUAGUGACACGGAGAUCAUGGAGCUUGUCCACAGCGCUCUGGGCCGGAUGACAGUGAUCCGGCAGAUCUUCCCCCUGUGGAGGGACACCAACAUCCGCUGCAUGAGGAACAACCAUCGCAUCUCCUCGCUGCUUUGCGACCCACAGGAAGGGUACCUGCAGUCUCUUGAGGUGUCUAGCCUGUACCUGUACGACAGUGUGCUGAUGUUGGCCAAUGCCUUCUACCGGAAGUUAGAGACAGGAAAUGGCCACAGCAUGGCUAGUCUGAACUGCAUGAGGAAGUCAACCAAGCCCUGGAAUGGAGGCUGGUCCAUGUUAGACACAAUCCAAAAGCUGUCUGAAGUCACUUUACAGUUCAUCUUAAUUUGA